CUUCGUAUCGAGUUCUGUGAGAUCUGCGCCAAAAAAAAAACAAAGAAAGAAAGAAAAAAACCGCUCGAGAAGAAGGAGGUGAAUUGGGGUAUACAUAUAUAUGCGCACCACUACACUCACAGGGAAAAAUAUCUGUAUGCAGGAGUAUAUGUAAGCAUUCUGACUGUUGGUUUCUGGGUUUUUGGAUAGUUUUGGGGUAAAAUGAGGAUUCGGAAGAACACGACACUGUCGUCGCUGCUUUUGACGGCGGGUUGCGGCGGAGAGAGACCGCAGACUCACGUCUGCCACUUCAACCAGUCUCCGUGGGAUGUGAUUCCAUUCACUUCCCCCUGCUAUGGGCCCGCCGCAUUAACCAGCCAACUCGACUCGUCGUGGUUCCUCCCUUCUUCGUCGUCUUCUUCUCCACGCAUUCACCAGUUCGAUGGAGACGAUAGUUUCAAUGGGAAUGUGAGCUUGGGCGAUUCUUCUGGCGCUGCCGAGAGGGUUUUCGGUUGUUCCUUCUUAGAUAAUUGGAUAAUUGGUCCCCGAAUCGGAUUCGAAAUACCGGGCGCCACCAUCGGCCCGGUUCCAAUUUGGAGCUUUUAUCGUCCCCAAACUUUUUUAAAAUCAUCGUACAUUCGGCGUGAAGUUUACAUAAAAAGAGAAAAAAAAAAAUUUCCAGUGUCGUCUCCGUGGAGAAACUCGAUAUCAUUGCGGAGGACAACAACGAGAAAUUACCCUACGAAGAACAGACCGAUCAGCCGCGGUGGAGGGGCAGCAGCAGCAACAAAGCCAAGAAAUCACAGAAAGCUUCCGGUUUCAAGAGCGGCGACCGAGGGACUCCGGCGUCGGGGAGCACCACCUCGCCGCCACGGCGGGGACGGCCACGUGGAACGGGGAAGAAAGCUUCGGCGGCGGCGAACCCUUACGAGUUUUACUAUUACUCGGGGUUCGGCCCGCGGUGGGGAAAAAGGCGAGGCGGCAAGAGUGGGACGGAGGAGGAGACUGUUAUUAGUAAUGGUAACGGGGAUAGUAUUAAGAAUAGCGGCGAUUAUAUGAAUAAUAAUACAAAGAAGAGUAUUGGUGGUGAGGAGGAUAAAACGGUGGCGUUUGGAGAUGGGAGCAGUGAGUGUAAUGGAUUGAGUUAUAUGGAGGAGGAGGAGGAGGAAGAAAGAGAUGAUGAUGAUGAUGAUGAUGAUGAUGACGUGGUGGAACAAAACGAUGAUAGCAUGAAGAUGAUUAAGAAGAGAGGGAGGAAGCCCGUAAAGGCAAGAUCUUUGAAGUCCCUCAUGUGAAAUAUUCUGACUUCUCGGAGGGCUUUUUUGUAACUGAACAAACCCACCACUUCCUCUCCAUCUGGUCUUUUUGUGGAGUUCUUCUGGAGUUGGGGUUUGGUCUGUCUGUUUCUUUCGCGAACAUUUUGUAGUAAGAUGGGUCUGCUGUUUGGGCUUAUUCUUUCUUUCUUUCUUUUGGAAAAAAAUAUUUUAGCUUUUUAGUUUUAUUUAGAUGCCUUUCUUUUCGGAGCUUCCCUCUAUCACUCAUUCAGUGACCUGUUUGGUUUGGACUUGGACAUGCUUUUUGCUGGUGAUGAAUGCUGACGUGUAAUAAGGCUCUCAUCCAAUACAGGUCGGGCAGAUUCUUCCA